ACAAACCCAGUCUUGACUGGGUGACAGUGUUCGUCUCAGUCUGAUUAUGUAACAGUCCGGCAUGCUGCACGUGCAGUGAUACGGGGAAGAACAUUUACAGUCACGGGUGAUGUCUGCGUGGGGAGUCAGCUCAUGUGAGAGGGUAGACUAUGGAGAUUUGGCUGGCGGCAGUUUACGUUUUAAACGUAUCUUGUUUGUCCGUUUUAGCGAAGAUUCCUGCCGGCUAUAUUCUCAAAGUCACUCCUCACUGUGGGGCUCAUCCGGUUCGUCCCGCCCUGGUAACCAUCGUAACCGACCUGACAGUUUGCGCCGUGGCUGAAUGUGCAGAGAGAACAGUUCCUUUCAAGACUUCUGACGGGGUCAACUUUCAGCUGUUUAUUGCCUACCCGGGACAGAGUAAUCUCCCUUGUGUAUUCAAGAAACAGAAGCAUGUGAUGACGUUUGUUGUGAAAGUCUUGGUAUCGUACGGUGAAAGGGAAAGAUCACUGCGCCGAAAAGAGAAAGUAACCAUCAUCUGUACCUUCGACGGCAAAAAUACCAGUGGUUCACAGACAUACAGCAUUAUCCAGAAACUACUUGCACCGAUGGAGAUCCAACGUAACGUGGGCCAGGACAGCAACGCAACUUUCACCCUGAGAUUGACAGACAUCUAUGGCAACGACCUGUCCAGCAGCUCAGUCCAUCUUGGCCGAACAGUUCAAUUGAGAGCAUCUGCUGUCGGACUGCCAAUCGAUGCCAACAUGAUGCCGGUCUCCUGUGAUGCGGUGUCCACUGUCAGCGGGACACGGUAUUCCAUCCUCAGAGCAGGGUGUGGUGACGGCAUGGUCUUCAAUAAAACUGAUGGGUUCAGCAGCUUCAGCAACGAGACAAGAAGUCCAUAUUUCCAAACCUUUGUCCUGGAGGAUGACUCGCCGCUGAAAUAUGAGUGCAACUUCACGCUCUCCAAAAGACCAAGUGGUGAUGAAUGCCAGAUUCCACAAUGUUCAUGCUGGGGUGCCCAAACCAACUGCUGUUACACAUGUGAGGAUGUCCGAAAUGCCUACGCUGAGCUGAACUGGACGAUGAAUGAACGGUCGAUUGGGCAGUGCACUGGCUCCCCGUGUACGGUGAAUUCAUGUCACAAUGAAAGAGCCCGUAGACGUACCGCCAGUAGGCGAUGACAGUAUAAAACCAACGCUGUUAUUUACGGUACGGACCAAGGACUGGUGAUCGCGAGCUGUCUGGUAUGAAUGUAGUUCAGCUAUAAAGAUUAUUAUAACUUGA